CCCGUGCCCCCUGCCCGGCCUCUGCCCUCGCCACGCCGCCCGCUCCGGAGCGAGACAUGGUGGCGGCACGGGCGGCGGCGUGGCUGCUCCUGGCUGCGGCGGCCUGCGCGCCGCGGGAGCAGGACUUCUACGACUUCAAGGCCGUCAACAUCCGGGGCAAGUUGGUGUCGCUGGAGAAGUACCGAGGCUCGGUGUCCCUGGUGGUAAAUGUGGCUAGCGAGUGCGGCUUCACAGACCAGCACUAUCGGGCCCUGCAGCAGCUACAGCGGGACCUGGGGCCCCACCACUUCAAUGUGCUUGCCUUCCCCUGCAACCAGUUUGGCCAGCAGGAGCCCGACAGCAACAAGGAGAUCGAGAAUUUUGCCCGCCGCACAUACAGUGUCUCUUUCCCCAUGUUUAGCAAGAUUGCAGUCACCGGCACUGGUGCCCACCCUGCCUUCAAGUUCCUGACUGAGACUUCUGGAAAGGAGCCUACCUGGAACUUCUGGAAGUACCUGGUGGCCCCAGAUGGAAAGGUGGUAGGAGCUUGGGACCCAACUGUGUCGGUGGAGGAAAUCAGGCCCCAGGUUACAGCGCUUGUGAGGAAGCUCAUCCUGAAGAAGCGAGAAGACUUAUAACCACUUUCCCUCCUCUCCCCCAUGCCCUCCCCCAACCGUGCAUGAGUGACCAAAGCAAACUCAAAUGGUGCUACAAAGGGAGAGACCACUGACUCUCCUCCACUCCUGUCCCCGCUACCCCAUCACUCCUAUUGGGGAAGAAUUCUAGUAGCUUGAUUAUUUGAAUCUUAGAGCAACCUCUAGGAACUCCUGACCAGUGAGAGUUCUUGACCAAUGACUCACCAGCCGAUAAGAACCUCUAGCCCAUGAAAAUAGGCAAAUAGAAGCAUUUCAAACAAUUAUCUCCUACCUAUAAAGCAGAGCCAAUUCCUACCUCACAGGGCUGUUGUGAGGAUGAGGAUGAAAAGCCUAUGAAAGUGCCAAGGGCAGUGCCAGCUAACCAGAAGGCAUUCAAUAAAUGGUUUCUGCAUAUGUACCAAAAAAUAAGUUGUGAUUAAUAAAAACUUGAACUCAACAUGAAUUUAUAGCCAUGAGAAUCCAGGCCAAACAUUUGUAGCUGUUACUGUUUUCCUAUGUAUUUUUUUAAAUUACAAAAGUAAUAUAAUUCAUUGUAAAAUAAUACAAGAUGAUACAAAAUAAAAAA